CGAAAUUCCGGAAAAAAUUCCGUUUCCGCUAGUUACCGGGAAGUGGAAUUUCGCUACUUUUCGGUGAAUUUCGUUUCAAAAUUCAAAAAUUCAAAAAAAUUUGUAAAAAAAAUAUGAAAAAAUUAUGAUAAAAAACUAGGUGCAUUUUUGAGCGACUAUCACUUGAAAUCGUUCAAAUAUAAGUUGAUUUGAUUGGUUAAAAUCACUAAAUGAGUUCGGACCCGUUAACGAUGAGUGGACCCGUUAACCCGUUAACAAGGUAUACCUUAUCUGCUCGUCAGCGUGAGGGGUGACGGUCGCCCGAGCUCUUUUUUCCCCACCACGUUCUCCUCUCUGGUCCCCUCCGUCGCCGGCGGCGAUUUUCGCCUCCCCGCACCGAAAUUUCGGCGGAAAGGCGGCGAAAUCCGGGCGGGGUGUAGCGGAUACCGUUCCCGGGAGACGCUGUCGGAAUGGAUCCGUAAUCCGGGCGGAUUUCGGUGCGGUUUCGGCGGAAAACCGGUGAAACCGACCGGAUUUCGCCUCGGCUCCGGGAACUAAGGACAAUGCCAGACCUAGUGUGGGAGCAUGGCCAAAAGAUCAGGGGUGGUUUCAAAUGCAAGUAUUGCAGGGAGGAGAAGAGUGGGGGAGGAGCAACAAGGUUCAAAGAGCAUUUGGCACAUAGGGGGAAAGAUGUGAAGGACUGCCCUUCGGUUCCAGCCGAAGUUAAGGCCUUCUUUAGUGAGCAGUUGGACAGGAACAAGGCUAGAGCUAAAGCAAGGGCCCGAGAAAAGCUCCUGAGGGACCAAUCUGCAAGGAGGCCGCACAUUGAUCUAGAGAAAGAGGAAGGCCAGGGGCUCGACGAGGAUGCAGAACUACAAGCGGCCUUACACCAGUCCCGCCAAGAGUAUGAAUUUAUGCAGCAAGCUGGGCCACGAUAUGAUAGGGGUGGCGGAUCGGGUGGUGGUGUUGGAGGCAGUGGUGGACCGCUGCCUUCGAUGUUCAGAAGGAGCCAGUCACAAGUCCCCGAGAGGGUUAGGGACUACCAUCUAGGGUUGAGCAGUGGUCCACGGCAGCAAAGGAUUGAUACCGGCCCAUGGACUGUCAAGGGGAGGACAUCAAGAGAGCUUCUAGGGAGGGCAUGGGCGAAGGCGUGCCAUGCUGUCGGUAUUCCCGGCCGGAAAGUCGAUGACCCAUACUUUAAAGCUGCGAUCGUGGAGACCCAGAAACAAGGUGUUGGAAUCAAAAUACCAUCAGGGAGGGAGAUAGAUGGAAAAUAUUUGGAUGAGAAUGUGAAGGAGAUAGAGAAAGAGAUAGAGAAGUGGAAGAACGAGUGGGAUGAAUGUGGAGUCACGAUCAUGUGUGAUUCGUGGACGGGGCCUAUGCGUAACUCGGUCAUUAAUUUCUUGGUGUAUAGCGGUGGCACCAUGUAUUUCUUGAAGUCCAUCAAUGCGUCCGACAAAAUACAGGACCAUCAAUACUUGUUGAAGGAGAUACGAGCAGUGGUCAUGAAAGUGGAGCCUCACAAUGUGAUUCAGCUUGUCACGGAUAAUGGUUCGAACUACAAAAAAGCCUGCAAAAUUAUAUGUCAUGAGUUCCCUACCAUUGCAUGGCAGCCUUGCCUUGCCCAUACCAUCAACCUUAUGCUGAAGGACAUAGGGAAGUGGCCGGAGCAUGAUGCUUGUAUUCGAAGCGCGCAACGAAUUUGCAGCUGGCUCUACAACUCCAACAGUUUACACAGCAUGAUGAGGGAAGCCAUCGGAGGAGAGUUGGUCAAGUGGAAUGUAACAAGAUUUGGGACCAACUACAUGUUCCUUGAAAGCAUGUAUAGGAAGAAGGACCAGUUCAUGACAUGGUUAGUGUCACCUGAGUUCCGACGGUCCCGCCACUUCAAAAGUGAAACUGGAAGGUACAUUUACGAAUGCAUCACAAGUCUUCAAUGGUGGGCGAAUAUGGAGUAUGUGAUCAAUGAUGUUGAGCCUCUGUACAUGUUUUUGAGAUUUGCUGACACAGACAAGACACCUAAUUUGAGUGAGGUGACAAUGGAGUAUCAAAACAUGAGGCAAACAUAUGCCAGCAAGUUCAGCAAUGACUACCCCCGGUUUGAAAAGAUCAUGGCUGUGAUAGAUGCAAGGAUGAACACAGUGAUGUCAGGCACAUAUAUGGCCACUGCUUGUGCUCUUAACCCUUACGUGCAGUACAGUUUGGGCACAUCACAGACAGUCAUGGCAGUAAUGCGCAACGGUCUGGAGAAAAUGUUGAAUACUAAUUCAGCAGCAAUUGCAUUGCAGGAAUUUGAAAUAUUCAGGACGAAGCAAGGUGAGUUCUCUAGUGACAUUGCUAGGCGAAUGGCCAUUGACCGGAAAACUUCACCAGCUGCUUGGUGGGCAACAUUUGGGGGAGAUACACCAGUGUUGCAAAGGGUCGCUCGACGCUUGUUGUCGCAGUGUGCAGCCUCUAGUGGAUGUGAAAGGAACUGGAGCACCUUUGCUUACAUCCACACCAAACUGCGCAAUAGGUUGAG